CAGCCGCUGGAAGGGUUUUAACUACAAUUUUUCCUGCAAAUUCCCAUCAAUUUUCCCUGGAAAAGGGGUACGGGAAAAUGUCUUCUUUAGGCACUUCAAAGGGUGUUCUUGAAAUAGCCAAAUUUGGUCUCUAUGUUACGAUCCCCAUCGUUCUUAUGUACACUUUCGCCAACAACACUAAGAAUCUCCAGAAAUUCAUGGGAAAUCGAUCCUAUGUAGUGUAUCCUCCAGAGGGACCAAGACCUCAAUCACCUGAGGAGUUAAGAGAGAUGGCUCGUGAGCUAGCUCAGAAGAAAAUAUCCGUUGAUGCUCUUUAGGGGUUGUAAGUGAUCUAUGUAACUUUUCCGAUUGAACCUAUUACUAUUCUACGAGACUUAUUUGUAAGUAUACCAUAAUAAAGUAUCGCGUUUCUAU